CUCCCACCCCCAACCUUCACCUACAGCGGCAUCACUUACCACUUCCCCACCUAUAACCCCACCGGCCCCGACAAUGUCCUCGCGCAGGGCCAGGAAAUCCCCCUCCCUCGAUCCAAAUACCUGAGCGUGCACAUGCUCGCCGCUUCCGAGUCCGGCAUGGCCGCGGAAACCAUCAACGCGACCUACGCCGACGGAAGCACUGGCUCAGGCCCCGUGCUCGUCCCGGCCUGGUGGAGCUGGCCGUACCCUACCGGAGGGGAUCUUGUGUUCCCGUAUUUUCUGGGUAAUGACUCGGUGGAUUAUAAUAGGUCGAAUAUCUUUCACACGGUCAAUUGGUUGGAUUCCUCGAGGGAGUUGGUUUCGUUGACGUUGCCGAAUGUGACGGGGGGGAAGGCGACGGAGCCGGGUGGGGAGAGUAUCGGGACGAGAUUGCAUGUUUUUGCGAUGUCGGUUUGGGAGGUUGAAGGUGGGGGAGGGGAGCGGCCAGUAUUGGAGGUGCAGUAUGCGAGGUCGACGAGGAAGUGGGUUGAUGGGUCGGAGAAGGUGCAGAUUGUGGAGGUGAGGGUGAGUAAUGUGGGAGGGGAGUUUGUGCUCCGGACUCACUCGGUGAGUCUGCGUGUUGAUGCUCCUGGUCUGGAGACGUUAUUGCCAGCGCAGAUUAAGCGUCUUGCGCCUGGAGAUCAAGCUGUUGUGGAGAUUGGCGUCAGGAAUAAGCCGGGGGUUGAGCCGGGAGUUCAAGGGGUGGCUAGCGUUGUGGCUUUAGGGCAUGGUGUACAUGGUACGAACUAUACGUUCGACGCAACUUACGGCAUCCCGGACUACGAGGCAACGUACGAGUCGAUCUACGCGCACGAGUCGCCGAGCUGGUAUGAUAAUGCGAAAUACGGCAUCUUUAUCCACUGGGGACCGUACUCCGUUCCGGGUUGGGGGAACUCGGGAGAGAAUGAGAACUAUGCUGAAUGGUACUGGUGGGAUCUUAACCAAGGCCCGAACACGUCAGUUGCAACCUAUGAACACCACCUAGACACAUACGGUCCCAACCUCGUCUACGACGACUUCAUCCAGAACUUCACCGCCGACGCAUGGGACCCUAAGGAAUGGGUGGAUCUAUUUGCAGACGCAGGCGCAAACUACUUCGUCCAAGUGAGCAAGCACCACGAUGGGUACGCUCUCUUCGAUCUACCAGCCAAUGUCACGAAGCGGACGUCCUUACAUAUGCCUCCAUACCGAGAUCUCAUCAAAGAACUCUUCUCCGCCGCAUCAACAUACCAGCCGCACCUUCACCGCGCCGUAUACUACUCCCUCCCCGAAUGGUUCCACCCCGACUACUCUCAAUACGGCUUCGGCUCGUGGCCCGGAGGAAACGCUACAAACCCCUUCACCAACACCACGCUCCCCUACAUAAACUACGUCCCGGUUACAGACUACCUCACCGACAAAAUCCUCCCCGAGAUGCAAACCCUCGCCACCCUCGGCACCGAAAUCAUGUGGUGCGACAUCGGCGGCCCCAACCUGACCACCGAGUUCGCCGCUACCUGGUUCAACGCCGCCGCGCGACAGAACAGACAAGUGGCCAUGAACGCCCGCUGCGGGCUACCGGGGGACUUUGACACGCCGGAAUACGCGCGCUACGAGGCCGUGCAGGUCCGCAAGUGGGAGACGAGUCUGGGCAUGGACCCGUAUAGCUACGGGUAUAACCGGGCGACGCCGCUAGCUCGGUACAUGAAUGCGAGCGAGAUCGUGAGGAGUCUGGUGGAUGUGGUGAGUAAGAAUGGGAACUUUUUGCUGGAUAUUGGGCCGAUGGCGGAUGGGAGGAUUCCGGAGGUUGAGCAGAGGCAUUUGAGGGAGGCGGGGAGGUGGAUUCGAGAGCAUAAGGAGGCGGUGUUUGAGACGAGGUAUUGGUUUGUUAGUCCCGAGGAGGGGGAGGUGAGGUUUACGACGACGGGGGAUGCGUUUUAUGUGGUUUCGUUGGUGAGGCCGAGGGGAAGGUUGGUGUUGAGGUAUCCGGUUCCGUGGGUUGAGGGGGAUCGGGUGGUGGUUGUUGGGGGAGACAUGCAUGGGAGUGUGGUGCCUAGUUGGAGGUUGGGUAAUGGGAGCUUGGUCUUGGAGGUGGACAAGAAGGUUGCUGAUGCGGAUCGGUAUGCAUGGGUGUUUAAGAUUGCAUACUGA